AUGGCCUCUUGCAGCAGAGGCACACACCCUGUGCCACGGCACUACUCUUUCGGGCUUUGGCUUACGAGCAUUCUAUUGGUCACGGCGGCAACAACGCCGACGACGAAGGGGUGCGUAGAGGGCGAGAGGGACGCCCUCCUCGACUUCAAAACCGGCAUCGUCAAGGAUCCUUCCAGCCGUUUGUCAUCAUGGCGAGGCCGAGUAGACUGCUGCAGAUGGAGCGGGGUGGUCUGUGACAACAGAACCGGCCAUGUCGUGGAGCUCAACCUCCAGAAUCGCUACCCUGAUAACGAUGAGAUGUCUAUCGGAGGUGAGAUCAGACCAUCCUUGCUCCUGCUAACUCAUUUGGAGCGUCUCAACCUCAGCCACAAUGACUUAUCGACCGAUGGCCUGCACUGGCUCUCGCGUCUCACUUCCUUGAGAUACCUCGACAUGAUCUUUGUGAACCUUUCCAUGGCCUCCCACGAUUGGCUUCAAGCAGUGAACAUGUUGUCCUCACUAGAGGAGCUACAUUUAUCAGACUGUGGGCUCACCGACCUCCCCUCUUCUCUUUCCCAUGUCAACCUCACAGCACUGGCCACUCUGGACAUCAGUGACAACCUCUUCAACUCCACCAUCCCCAACUGGCUAUGGAAACUCCACAGACUCUCUUAUCUUGAUCUCAGUUUUUCUAUGUUUCAUGGUGCCAUACCCGCUGGGAUUGGAAAUUUGGCCGAUCUAAGAGAACUUCAUCUUAGUGAUAAUUCACUUUCAGGAAGACCGACCGAGUCAACGUUGGGCCAUUUCCGUAGCAGUCUCACACGUCCCGUCCAUCAAAAAGUAGGAGAAGAAGAAAGGAUGGAGAAGUCACUUCGAGUCCGUUCGCAGCAGCCGUGGAAGCUUCUUCGAAGGCAGGCGGUGGGGGACUCGAACCGCUUGGCGACCGGAGUCAACUUCGACAAGGAUCGGUGA